AUGGUAAAGGACGCAAAGUCGAUAGCCAAAUCGAGCCUUGGAUACUGGCACGCGUUUGUCGCCUCUAUAUCGGUGAUCAUCGUCAGUGAACUCGGGGAUAAGACAUUCUUCAUAGCUGCCAUUCUGUCCAUGAAGCACUCCCGCCUAAUCGUCUUCUGUGGCGCCAUGUCGGCUCUUUUCCUGAUGACCGUAUUGUCCUCUUGUUUCGGCUGGGCUACGCAGAUCAUUCCUCGUAUGUACACGUUCUACUUCUCGACCGCUCUGUUCGCUUUUUUCGGCAUCAAGAUGCUUCGUGACGCCUACCUCAUGACCGAUAGUGACAGUAUGGAAGAAUUCGAAGCGGCCGAGGUGGAAGUCAAGAAAAGGGGAGAAAUGACACCCUCCGCAAAAGACCUGGAAGCCGGUGUAGUCAUCGUCAGACGUUCAACUGCUUCUGUACGCUUUCUCAAGUUCAUCAGCAGCGUGUUCCUCGAGGCGUUCACGUUGACGUUCAUUGCCGAGUGGGGUGACAGGUCGCAGAUAGCAACCAUCAUCCUUGCUGCUCGAGAGAACGUGGUAGGCGUUACUCUUGGUGGCACACUUGGCCACUCGUUAUGUACCGGUUUAGCGGUGCUUGGCGGUCGAAUGGUGUCUAGAAGAAUCUCUGUUAAAACAGGUAAAUUUUGUGAAUGA